AUGUUCUCGGUUACUACCGCUGAUAUAACUGAAGUUGGGGAAGAUGUGUCUCCUAACAAAUUGUAUGAAUGUCCAGAAGAAGGAUGCACUGCAGCAUUCGCCAGAAAUGGAAAGCUAAUCAAUCACAUUGCGAAUGGAAAACAUCAGCGACGACCAGAACGGCAUUCAAUGCCAGAUUAUGCGAUGCAGAUGUAUCAUUCCAAACUGGCUCCCGUUCAAAUUCGUUAUCUAACCGACAAAUUCGAUCAACGUUUAAAAGAGAAAAUCCGCUGGAAACCAGAAGAAGUGGCUGCUGAAAUGCAGCAGAAAAAACGGUCAGAUGGAAAGUUUCUAUUCUCAUCGGCUGAGUUCUUGAAAACCGGCCAGAUCAGAUCAUUUUUCUCACGUCUCAAGAACAUUCGAGGAAAACUAGGAGCUGUACAAGAAAUUGACGAGGAAGAUAAUGAGGAAUUCAAGGACGACCAAGUAAUGAGUGAAGUGGCACAGAGAUUCAGAAUACGAGACGCUAUGGGAACAAGAUAUUCAGCGGACGCUAUGUCAAAGAUAAAUCCGACAUUUACGAGUACAACAUCAGCAACAGCUCGUGAUGAAAAUACACAAAUUGUGAAUGACGAAAUGAAUUGGAACGAUCGUUGUACAGAUCAUGAUGACCUAUCAUUAUUAACUACACAAGAUAAUUCAUGA